AAAGACCCUGGCAAAGUCAACGGAAUUCUCGUGGGCAGCGCAGCAUGCGCUAGGACCGCCGUGACCAUCUGUUCAAUCCACCCGAGGACAUGGAAAUUGGGCCGCAGAAUACGAAACCUGCGGUUGCCGCCGGCUGAAACGCUGCGUACAGCGGAAUUUCAAGAGCCGGCCCGACGUGGUAUGUGCUCAACAGCGUCACCGCCAUCGCCUCACCAUGACCAGCCCUUCGCUGUUGUUGCAACCUUACUCCAGGAUCACAGACGCCAGUUCGAGUGCCAUAAACGGUGAGAUCGUUCACAGAAUCAUCGGGCAGGGCAUUCGUAGACCUCACAGUCGACUUCCAGAUUCCUUGAGAUCUCGACGAGAAUUCACAAAAUGACCACCUCCGCCGCACUUACAGCUCCUCUGGUGCCGUCAUCGGCCAUCACGAUACGAGAUCGGGAGCCCUCGGAAGAGCGGUCUGAGCUUGCGAAUGUGAAAGUCGGAACCGUAGGAGGGUUUGUGAACGGUGUGUCCGAUGGAAUUUCGAAUCUGGCCAAUCUGCUGCCCACGGGGACGUUUCUGGCCUUCACGACCAUAGCUCCAAUUAUUACGGGCAACGGAAAGUGCGACCAGCCUUCGGAGUUAUGGCUCACCAUGGCCACCACUAUCUUCUUCGCGGUCUUCUGUUUCUUCUCCUGCUUCACUGACAGCUUCCAAGCGUUGGACGGCAAAGUGUACUAUGGGGUGGUCGGUCUCGGUGGAUUGUGGACUCCUCAGCUGCCGAUCGCCCUCCAGCCCACGGACUCGGAGCGGAUCUCAGCGAUGAUGUGGUGCGGAACCUGCCAGCUUUUGUUUCUAUACUUGUUAGUGUGGUCUUCGCAACAUUUCCGUCGACAAGGCAUGGUAUCGGAUUUCCCGUCUCGCCGGCCAAGAGCAGCGCUAGCCAGGCAAACUAAGCUCUAACCCAAGACUCCGGUGCAGAAAGUUUUGUAACGACGCUUGAAUCGCGAAAGUUUCUAACCGAGUUCCGCUUACCCGGCUCAGAGUCCAAGAUAGAGUAGACGCAGAGCUUUAAAUCUAUUCCAUAAGAUUGAUCAACUUGGUCGAAUGUUGAUCUGGACAGUCAGAAACAUAUGUCGUAGUAAUCCCAUUGCCCUUGUGCAGAUUCUGUCCAUAUCGUCACCUUCAUGUUGUCGUUCCUCGUACAAUAAAACUGAGAGAAAAUCUCAGAUCACUUCACUAUGCAGCAGUUGCA